UAGAGUUAUAUGGUCUCAAGAUUGAAUUUUAAACUUUUACGACAUUGAAUUUCGUAUUUGCGACAUUUUCUUCCACCAAGACCCACUUACGUUACGAAAACAACAUGGUUCUUUUGAGUGACCUGAAACAAAACAACAUGUUUUGGGGAGUAUCUCUUGAUGGCGGAAAACGCUAUACACAAAUAGUGGAAACAUCAUUUCAUAUAUCUAUGGCAGCUUUAGAACAAUCAACAGAUGAAUUGCCAAAAGGUAAAAGAUCAGUAUCCUUAUGGAUUCAACAUGAAAAAGCAGAAUUUUUAUUGUGUACACUAGAACAUAACCGUAUUAUGCAACAACCACUAGAUUUAAAUUUUACAGAAGGAGAAGAAAUAACAUUAUUUACGACAGGUUGCAAUGGAUCCAUACACCUUUCUGGUUAUUUAAUGGAUGAACCAGAUAUUGAAAAUGAAAUGCCUGAAAUGAGUGAAGAAGAAAUGAGUGACGAAGAGGAAGAUUCCGAAGCUGAAGUACCAGAAUUAUUGCCAGUAGAGGAUGAUUCUUUAAUAAUUCAUGGCACAGGAAAAAAGAGAAAAAUGCUGGAGGCACAGACUAAAAAGAAAAGACAGAAAGUGGUUGUACAAGAUGAUGGAUUAGAUUUUGAUAGUGAUGAUGAUGAAGAAAAUGAUGCUGACUAUACAAUAGAAGAUGAAGAUGACAAUGACUUAUCAGAAGAUGACAGUGAUGAUGAUGAGGAAGAUGAUGAUGAUGAUGAUGAUGAUGAUGGUGAGGAUGAUAGUGAUUUAGAUGAUAUAUUUGAUGAAGAUGGGGAGGAAGAUGAUGACAGUGAAAUGGAAGAAAAGGUAAUUUUACAAAAAGACAAGAAAAAUAAAACACCUAAGAAAUCAAUUGAGCCAGUUAGAACACCAAAUAAGUCUUCACUAACACCCAAAAGGUCUUCCGAAACACCAAAAACACCAAAUAUAAAUGGAACACCAACAGAAAGUGAAAGUAGCAAGAAAAAGAAGAAGAAAAAGAAUAAAGAUAAUAACACAUCAAUUAAUACACCUAGUCAAUCAGAAAAGAAGUCUAAGAAUGAAACGCCACAGAAACCGAAUACCCCUAAUAGACGUGUUUUAGCUGAAGGUUUAAUUGUUGAAGAUAUAAAAGUAGGCAAUGGUCCACCAGCAAAGUCAAGUAAAAUGGUUCAAAUGUAUUAUGUAGGAAAGUUAUCAAAUGGUAAACAGUUUGAUUCUUGUACUGGUGGUAAACCAUUUAAAUUUCGUCUAGGGAAACAAGAAGUUAUAAAAGGUUGGGAUGUAGGGGUCCAGGGGAUGAAAGUAGGUGGGAAACGACGAUUGAUAGUGCCUCCAAAACUUGGCUAUGGAAAUCAUAAACAAGGACCUAUUCCUGCUAAUAGUACUCUUGUGUUCGAUGUAGAGCUCAAAUCUGUCAGCUGAAAAACAGUGUAUAUACAAAUUUUAAUCAUGGACAUUCAAACAUUUUCAAAUGUAAUAAAAUAUGUGAUAUAUAAAAA